AUGCCGGCGCACGCCCGGCCACCUCCUGCUUGCCGUUUCGCCCUGGCCACUUCGGAUGACGCCACACAGCCCCCCCCCCCCCCGACCGCUCUCUCGCUCUCCCGUGCUUCUCCCCUCCUCUGCUCUCUCCCCCUCUCACGCCCGAGCGCAACCAUCGCCGCCGCUCGUCGUAGCCGCGACCACCGCCUCCUCCCCGCCCCUCUGACGUGCCCGAGAACUCCGCCUCGACGUUCUCGUCUUCUUCAUCGAGCCAAGCGACGCCGAAAGCUAUGGAACGCCGCCAUCGCCGUCUCCUUCAGCCUCGGUCCGCCGAGAUCGCCGGUGACCGUGCGCCCGCUCUGUUGCCUCGCCGAGCUCGCCGAGGCCGCCGCUGCACUCGCUGUGAGCUUCUGCGUCUAUUCCCCCUCUUCCUUGGCUCUCUCCCCUCCCGCUAACGCCGAUGCCGUCGAGCCCGAGAGCUUGGCUCCGCCGGCCAUGUCGCCGCCGUGGCCACCGUUGCCCAGAGCUGCAACCGAGCACACAGUCAUGCUCAGUGCACCCCCCGGAGGCCGUAGCACCCCUCCUUGCCACCUGCCGUGCGCCCUAACGCCGAACCCGAGCACGCCCGAGCUCGUGGUCGUCGUCUCCGGCCACCCCAGCUCCCGCCGUCUGCUCCAUCAGCUGCGCGCGAGCAGCAGCUCUUCGUAG